GCUGCACAGAGAAGCACAAAAAACUACACCGCAGUUUGAGGACCUACGGUGUAAAACCUCUGCUUGUGUCAACCCCGCCGGGGAGCGGAGUCAGCGCUAGGACACAGGAUUAGCCUAUUUCUGUCCCAUUCAGAUAUCUGCAUCCGUCCACGAUGGUGGUCCCUGGAUCCCAGCGCAUAGAAGAGAAGGUCUUCCAGCCUUCACAGGAUUUACAAAGGGAAGCACACGUCCCAGAUUUUAGUACUUAUUUUACGAUGUACAAGAAAUCUACAGAAGAACCAGAGGCAUUCUGGAAGGAGGUUGCCGAGGAUUUCUUCUGGAAAACUGGUCCAGUGGGACCGAUGCUGCAGUACAAUUUCGAUGUGACCAAAGGCAACAUUUACGUAAAGUUCAUGGAAGGUGCCAAAACCAACAUGUGCUACAACGUCCUGGACAGAAAUGUGCAUGGCAAGAACCUGGGAGAGAAAGUGGCGUACUACUGGGAGGGGAACUGCCCUGACCACUAUGUCUCCAUCACAUACAGUCAGCUGUUGGCCCAGGUGUGCAGGUGUGCCAACGUCCUGAAGCAGAUGGGUGUGAGGAAGGGAGACAGGGUGGCCAUCUACCUGCCCAUGAUCCCGGAGCUGGUGUGUGCGAUGCUGGCCUGUGCCCGGAUCGGAGCCGUCCACUCCAUCGUGUUUGCAGGCUUCUCCUCUGAGUCUCUGUGCGAGCGGAUCCUGGACGCUCAGUGCUCUUUCGUCGUGACGGCAGAUGGCGUUUACCGCGGCGAGAAGCUGAUCAACCUGAAGCAGAUCGCCGACGAGGCGCUGGAGCGCUGCAGGGACAGAGGAGGAUUUUCUGUGAAGAAGUGCAUUGUGGUGAGGCACCAUGCGCUAAGGACGGAAAAUGGCGGCGUUUCCAACAAGUUGCAGACCCCCUGGAACACCGAAUGUGAUGUGUGGUGGGACGAGGUCAUGGACGGUGCCUCUGAUGAGUGCGAGCCGGAGUGGGUGGACGCUGAGGACCCCCUCUUCAUCCUCUACACCAGCGGCUCCACCGGGAAGCCCAAGGGAGUGCUGCACACCACAGCCGGGUACCUGCUGUACACGGCGCUGACGUUCAAGUGCGUUUUCGAUUACCACCCCGACGACGUGUACUGGUGCACAGCAGACAUCGGCUGGAUCACCGGACACUCCUACAUCACGUAUGGGCCCCUCGCCAAUGGUGCCACCAGCGUGCUUUUCGAGGGCGUGCCGGUGCACCCGCACGUCGGCCGGUUCUGGGAGAUCAUUGAGAAGUACGGCGUGACGAAGUUCUACACGGCGCCGACUGCCAUUCGCCUGCUGAUGAAGUACGGCAAGGAGCCGGUGCAGCGGUACAACCUGACGAGCUUGCGGAUCCUGGGCACUGUCGGGGAGCCCAUCAACCCCGAAGCGUGGCACUGGUACUACGAGGUGGUAGGACAGGGGAGAUGUCCUGUGGUGGACACUUUCUGGCAGACAGAGACGGGUGGACAUGUGCUGACUCCCCUACCUGCGGCUAUACCCCUGAAGCCUGGCUCAGCGACCUUGCCGUUCUUCGGGGUGCAGCCCACCAUUCUGAACGAGCACGGGGAGGAGCUGGAGGGCGAGGCAGAGGGCUACCUGGUGUUCCGGCAGCCGUGGCCUGGCAUCAUGCGCACGGUGUAUGGGAACCAGGAGAGAUUUGAGAACACCUACUUCAAGAAGUUCCCAGGGUUCUACGUGACCGGAGACGGCUGCAGGCGGGACAAGGACGGCUACUUCUGGAUCACGGGCAGGAUUGACGACAUGCUGAACGUGUCUGGUCACCUUCUGAGCACGGCAGAGGUGGAGGCGGCAUUGACGGAGCACAUGGCCGUCGCUGAGGCCGCUGUGGUCAGCCGGCCGCACACCGUCAAGGGGGAGUGCCUCUACUGCUUCGUCACCCUCAAGGACGGCCGCGAGUUCAGCCAUGCGCUGGCCGAGGAGCUCAAGAGGCAAGUGCGAGAAAAGAUUGGUCCAAUAGCUACGCCAGACUUCAUCCAGAAUGCCCCAGGACUACCAAAAACUCGCUCAGGCAAGAUCAUGAGACGCGUGCUGAGGCAGAUUGCCCGCAACGAGAAGGACCUGGGCGACCUCUCCACGCUGGCCGACCCCAAGGUGGUGGAGGUCCUCUUCAGCCAGCGCUGCGAGGCGGCCGCCUGAGCCCCGCCGUCCCGCCAAGCACAGUAACAGCAAGUGACCUAACAGGAAGUCCAACCGCAAGCUGG